UCAGGAGAAUAUAAAAAGGCAGAAAUUUCCCUCCAAAUUAAGAAAUUUUCCCACUUCUCCCUAUUUUCCCUCCUUUAAUCUCUAACCCUAUACUUGCCCGCAACCCCCAUCACUACACCCAAAUCUCUCCGGCGGAUUUCUCCGACGCUUCCGAUUCAAUACGAUUUGAUGCAAUGAAUUAAAAUGGUAGACGGUGGAAGAAAGAAUGCGAACAUUCCUGACCCGAAAACGGGUAUUGGCAAUACACAGCCAGUGGACGCUCAAAUUUCACCUGCAUCAUUCCCACUCCCAGGCGAGGAUCCUUAGUUGUACCGUAACCAAAGUAUGGUUCCUGCUGAUGACCGUCUUUUCUUCAAUGAUGCCUUUGAGACCCAAAUAGUAAAUCUUUGUGGUGAAAACCAGUUUUUGGAUUUCGGUGGUGAAAUGCAAGUGGUGGAUUUCGGCGGUGAAACACAAGUUGUGGAUUUCGGCGGUGAAACACAAGUGGUGGAUUUUGGUGGUGAAACUCAACGGGUGGAUUUUGGUGGUGAAACCCAAGUGGUUGAAGAUCAUGAUGGUCUACAAAAUGAACGCAUCCGAACUUCUGAAAAGUGCAACGUCGAAGUUGCCGUAGAUAGUGAAGGAAGUGAUAGAACUGAGGUCUUAUGUGAUACUCAAGAGUUAUCAGAUGAUUAUUCAAUGGAACACAGCUUCAGUUCUAUUGAUCGGGUGAAGUUUACUAAAAGCCGCAAUUCCAACAAAGGUGAUAGGAGUUCGAUUUCACAAUCAGAUGUUCUAAGCAAUGACAAGCAUCAUUCAGGAUCUCUGCAACUAGGGUUUACUUCAAUCCGUGCUACAUCUGUCAGGGCUUCUGGUUUGGCUGCUUAUGACAUGAGCCAUAAAGGGACAAAAGGAAGUACAUGGUCUAUUAAAAAUGACAAUCCUCUGGAGCAGGAAAGUGCAGGCCAAAAUGGGACAUCUAUGGUUGGACCUCAAUCUGAAGUCAGGAAGGAGCUUAACCCGAAUGCUUGUGAGGAGUAUGACGAACAAAUGAAUGAUGUAGGUAAUGGAAACCGGUGCAAAGUUGGUAGUUCAGCUGUGAGGAAACUUUUCAGAGAUGAGAUACUUGUUGAAAUUAAAGGGUCAGAACAUGGCAACAAUGAUGCUGAGAAGACAGUGGACUUGCCUCAAUUUGCCUACAAAGAUGGAUUGGCAGGUUUAAGUUAUGUAGAUUCUCAAGAACCUGGAGAGGAGUCUCAGGCCAAUGCACUAGAUGUUGUUGACUAGUUUCUUAAGCUCAAUCCUUU